UAUGUCACUCGUCCGUUUCAAACGAACCAACCGCUCCUAACUCACUUCGCGACUAAAAACCGCUGGUGUGUUUUUUUCUCUUUCUCGGAACAGUACUCGGUAAGCCUCGGCGACGAAGCGCGCGACAACCACGCCCAGCAGAUCGAGAGGGCAGAGAUCGCAAACCUGGUGCGUUCCCGGAUGGAGUCGUUGAACCUGCCGGUGGCCGACUACGACGACGUCUCCGAGAAGCGUAACAGCCUCUCCUACGUGAUCAUCAAUCCCAGCUGCGAUCUGAAGCUCGAGGAGGGCGACAUCGUGUACCUGGUCCGGCCCAGCCCGUUCUCCGCGCAGAAGACGUUCGAGCGGCACAACUCGAGGCGAAAGAGCAACAUCAGCUUCUGCUCGGCCCAGCUGGUGUCCCAAAUGAGCGCGGCGGUGGCCUCGGCCGGCCUGCCAGGAGCUGGCACAGGAAGUCGUCGAGGAUCGGGCAUCGGCCUGCCCAGAGCACCACCUCUCAGCACCACCAAGUCGAAUUCCCUGUCUCUGCCAGACAGUCCAACGGUGGCUGGCACUCUGCGCGGCCGUUCCAACUCUCUGCGAGUGGUCGACGACAUUCUACUGAGGCGCAGCAACUCGCUGAGGCAGGGGCUGACGAUCAGCAGAAGGAAGAGCAGCCUGGAGGACAUUGGCCUGGGUGCGCUGUCGCACCCGUCGAACCACAACCCGAUCAAGAUUGCGUUGAACGGAUCCAUCGGUCUGGAAGUAACACCGCCGGAGGAAGGCUCGCAAACUGGCGUGGCCACCAACACGGGGAUCCUGGACGUUGGCCUGCCCUCCAUGCCGGAAUUGACCGCCUCUCUUGGAGGGGCGAACAUAGAUCCCGGCCUUGGUGGAUCUCUCGGCGGACUGUACGAUCCACCGAAUCUUCAGGGCCCGCUCGGCUCGCAGUCGCCGCAGAUCCAAGGCGGCACACAGGAUCCACAGUACAUACAGGGGACGAUCGUAUGAUAUAACCUUAUGUGGGGACGCAGGCUCUCCGGCGUGGUGCGAAACAAAUGGCUGUAGCGUUCCCACAUGACACGUCGAGAUCAUUAAUAUCCAAGGGUGUUGACAUUGACAUCCCGAUCGCCGACGAUUUUGAUGGGAUUGAAUGGUGGUGGACGAUGAUUGACGACGAUUGUUCCAUUCUUGCGAGACGGCCGGAGAGCAAGGUGUUUCAGUGACAAAAACGAGGAGGGACGAUUGAUAACAACUCUGACGUUCCGAGGUUUCCAUGACUUAUUUACGAUGGAGAACAGCUUAGACGA